AUGGCCAUGAAGGCGCUCAUCAUGAACGCUCAGGGCAAGACUGAUGAAGCCUUUGGAUUGGCGAAGGAGGCUCUGACGGUGGAUAUGAAGUCGCAUAUCUGCUGGCACGUCUACGGCCUGCUUUACCGCUCAAUUAAGAACUUCGAAGAGGCCAUCAAGGCCUACAAGUUUGCCCUGAAGCUCGAUCCCGACAACAAUCAAAUCCAGCGUGACCUGGCCAUCCUCCAGAUCCAGAUGAGGGAUUAUCAGGGACACAUCCAGAGCCGUUUCACCAUGCUCCAAGCCCGCCCCAAGUUUCGCCAAGUCUGGACCGCCCUUGCUGUCGCCCACCACCUUGCCGGUGACCCUGCCGAGGCCGAGCGAGUUCUCACGACCUACGAGGAGACUCUGAAGGCGACACCCUCCCGCCAAGACUUUGAAAACUCCGAGGCCGUCAUGUACAAGAAUACCCUCAUCGCCGAGCAGGGCGAUUACUCCCGGGCACUAGAGCACCUCGAGACCGCCGUUAAGCACAACCUAGACCGGCUUGGAUAUUUGGAGGGGCGUGCUGAAUACUUGGCUAAGCUCGAGCGCAACGAGGAGGCUGCUACCGCCUACCGGACCCUGAUUGAGCGAAACCCGGAGCACCCCGAGUACUACGAGGGGCUCAUCGAUGCCGCCAAGAGGCUUCCGCUCGAUUUCCUUGAGGGUAACGGGUUUGCUGAUGCCGCGAGGGCUUAUCUUACUUUCAUGUUGGACAAGGGUAUUCCUUCUACCUUUGCUAACCUGAAGCACCUCUACUCCGACUCCUCCAAGAAGGACACCCUUCUCAAGCUCGUAUCCGAGUACACGGAAGCCGCGGCCAAGGACGAGGCGAAGAGCGAAGAGAAGAAGGACGAAUCGAAGGGAGAGACGGCCGGUCUAUAUUAUCUCGCUCAACACUACAACUAUCACCUCAGCAGAGACUUGACCAAGGCUUUAGAGUACAUUGAUCGCGCGAUUGAGAGGAUACCCGACAGUGUCGAUUUCCACAUGACCAAGGCGAGGAUAUACAAGCACACUGGAGACCUUGUCAAGGCGGCUGAAGUCAUGGACAAGGCACGAUCCCUUGACACCAAGGACCGUUACAUCAACACCAAGGCCGCCAAGUACCAGCUCCGUAACGACGAAAACGAAAAGGCGCUCAAGACGAUGGGCAUGUUCACCCGAGCCGAUACUCCUGGCGGGCCCAUCAGCGACCUGCUCGACAUGCAGUGCAUGUGGUUCCUCACCGAAGACGGCGAGGCCUUUGCGCGCCGAGGCGAAACGGCCAUGGCGCUCAAGAGGUUCCACCAGAUCUUCAACAUCUUUGAGGUGUGGCACGACGACCAGUUCGAUUUCCACAGCUUUUACCUGAGGAAGGGCCAGGUGAGGGCUUACGUCGACAUGAUUAGGUGGGAGGACAGGGUCUACGAACACCCCUUCUACACGAGAGCGGCGCUCGAUGCGGUCGAGGUGUAUCUCAAGAUGCACGACAAGCCCUCGGCCAACGGCAUCAACGGUGGCGACGGAGCUGACGGUGACGGUGAUUCGGAAAGGAAGAAGGCGGCACGCAAGGCUAGGAAAGAGCAGCAACGCCUCGAGCGGGAGAUUGCAGAGCAGGCGGCCAAGCGCGACCCCAACAAGGCUAAGCCGGCAGCCGGAGACACCAAGAAGGUGGACGAGGACCCUCACGGGCUCAAGCUCGCGGCAACUACGGAACCGUUGAAGGAGGCGACCAAGUUCCUCGCACCCUCCUGCAAGAAAUACCUGCUUGCUCUGCAGUGUCUCAACUCGGCCAUUGCCCUCGAUCAGUCGAACCCGAAGGUACACGAGAGGAUCGUGGAGUUCCGCCACGUCGUCAAGCCCGAAUUGGCCACGCUGCCUGCCAAGGUUGCCGAGGUGAUCAAGAGCAGCUAUCCCGCGAUCGAAGAGGCCGCCGAUCUUGCCAAGGUCAAUGGCGAGUUCCUUGCCGGGAACAAGGGCAGCCCCGCGCACAUUCUCUCCGGCGUGCGCACACAAAAGGUACUAGGGAGCGCUGAUAAGGCAGCCUGCGAGAAACAGUUGCUAGAUCUUGUCAAGAUGGAUGCGACUACGCCGGACAUUGCGGAGGAAGCGCUCGAGACCCUCAAGGCGUGGAAGAGCGGGGAGGCGACAGCAUUCAAGAAGGCGGCUGCGGCGAAGUGGCCUCAGGUGUCGAGGUUUGCAUAG